CAUUGGAUUACGCCUUACAGUAGCAACCCAAAUGAGAUCAGGAAGAGGGAGGGCGUAGCCACUUAGCCAAUGGAUAUGCAAACCCCCGUAUCGGCCAUUUUUGAAGUGUCAUGGGGAAGAAGAGUGCAUGCAGAACCUAUCCACUUCGUGUGUUUGUCCGUAUUGUUCAUUCUUUUCUUUUCAACAUCAUAUGAAUGUAGCUGCUACUGCUGUUUUACUCUUCCAAUUGAUUGCUUUCUCAUGUGAAUAGCUUCAGUGCGUCCAUUCACCAAGAAACCAUGGCUGCAAGUGAAUCCAGUGAGACUACACGGGAACCGUCACCAUACCGUGGACGGAGGAGAAGCAGCUCAUUCUCAGAUCAUAUACAUCAUCUCGACGAAAUCGAGGCUCAAUCUCGGUAUGAAGAAGAGGCAGCGGACCGAGGUCUUGGCGCCCUUCACAACAUCCGUUCUCGGACCCGGAGCCGCACAAAUGAAGUCCUCGUCACUUGGGAAGUUGACGAUCCUGAGAACCCAGUAAAUUGGUCAGAUACAAAAAAGAAAAUAGUUGUACUAUGUACAUCCGUUCUCGUCAUCAACUCUACCAUGGGUUCUGCCCUUCCAAGUAUGGCCAUUCCUGAUAUAACCAAAGACUUUGGCAUCACUUCAGAAGAACAGAGUGUCUUGCCCAUUUCUGUUUACCUCAUCGGCUAUGUACUAGGCCCGGUUGUUUGGGGUCCUCUCAGCGAACAUUAUGGACGGAGGGAUCUAAGUCUAGUCACCUUUUGUCUCUUCACCAUCUUCACUAUGGCUUGUGCUCUGGCUCCGACUUGGCCUGCUCUGUUAGUCUUCCGCUUCUUCUGUGGAGCUUUUGCUAGCUCACCUAUUGCCAUCGUGGCUGGUAUCCUGGCAGAUGUGUAUAAUGACCCGCGGACAAGAGGCAGAGCCUUUGCCAUUUUCAUGGUGUGUACUACUGGUGGUCCCAUCCUCUCUCCUAUCCUAUCUGGCUUCGCUGGCCCUAAUAUUGGUUGGCGCUGGGUCUUCUGGAUUGCUCUCAUCAUCGCAGGCUUUACGCUCAUCCUCAUCAUCUUCCUCCCUGAGACAUACGGCCCGAUUCUCCUCUCACGCCGCGCUCGAAAACUCCGCAAGCAAGAUCCUUCAUCUCGUGCCAUUGCCCCUCGAGAUCUCGAGACAACAGACCUAAGACAGCUUCUCACUGUGGUUCUGACUCGCCCUCUUCGCAUGAUCAUAUCUGAGCCCAUUGUGACAACCUCUUGCGCCUAUCUCGCCCUUGUCUACUCCAUAUUUUACAUGUCUUUCCAGGCAUUCCCAAUCAUCUUCCAAGACGUCUAUGGCCUUUCGCCAGGCGUUACUGGCCUCGCAUAUCUUCCAAUAUUUGGUGGUGCAGCUCUGACUCUUCCCAUCUUCUGGACAUGGGAUAACACACUUGCUCGUGCUACAGAGCGUAAUGCCCCCUGGGUCCAACGCGAAGAGUAUCGUCGUCUACCUCUAGCCUGUCUCGGUGGUCCCCUCUUUGUCGUCUCUCUCUUUUGGCUCGGCUGGUCUGCCCGUGCAGAGAUUUCCUUCGCCGCCCCUAUGCUUGCUGGUGUCUUGUUUGGGAUGGGUUUCAUGCUAAUCUUCAUGGCCAUACUCAACUACCUCACAGAUGCAUAUGAGAUCUUUGCUGCCUCUGCGAAUGCUGCGUCAUCUACAACACGCUCUCUCUUUGCUGUUGUGCUACCACUUGCCACAAACCCCAUGUUCCGUCAACUCCACAUCAAUGGUGCAUGCUCUCUUCUCGGUGGUCUCAGUGCCCUCAUGUGUUUCAUUCCGUUUAUUUUCAUCUGGAAGGGUCCCAGCAUCCGGUCUCGCUCAAAGUUCUGCAUUGCGCUACGGGAGCGAAAGGAGGAAAUGCAGCGGAAAGAGGAGGAGGCGAGAGCUAGAAAGGAGCGUUAUGAGCUCAGAAGAGAAGAAAGAGAGAAGGAGAAGGAGGUCGUUUAAUUAUGGCACGGCUUCCUUCUUGUUGGUGCAACCUCUGGUCAUCAUUUCACCCGCGUUUGACCGGAUUGCAGCAUAAACGGUACACGGGAAGGCUUGUGAAGUCGCACAAAAGUCUGCCAAUGAGUCAAGACACCUGAUCUAUUGACAAGGGAGCAGAAUAAUAACACUCUAGUAUUAGAGAUAGCAUACGCAAAGCUUGUUAACUUCAGCAGGCUAAAAAGAC